AUGGAUUGUCCAAUUCUCGUAUGGAUGCUCUACCUCAAUCGAGAGAUGAACAAGGAGGACUAUGAAAGUUGCUACACCGUAAUGCAAGAAUGCGUCACUCAUGCUAAUGUCAGAUACGCUCCCGACGGACGCGAGACCUACCGCCAGAUCCUCGCGUAUAUGCUUCCGCUGUUGAUGAUGCGGCACCGACGGAUACCGCGCAUCAAGUGGCGCGAUCAUGAGGGGCCCAAUGGUAAGCACUACAUUGAGCAGGACUUUGACGCGAUGCACUCGAAUCGCGUGCGUUCCAUGAUUGGUUAUCACCUUGCGUACGACAACAACCUUGUGGGGAUGGUGAUGACGCAGGGGAAGCAGCGGGACGUGAUCAACAUCGGGCUCGGCGUGAAGCAGCUCGCAGUCUCUCCGCCAGACAUCAGCGUGGGUGCGUAUGCAGAGUCGUUCUAUCACAAGCUGACCCCGCUGGAGCUCUCGUUCAUCGCGCCAGACCACGGCGAGACAACGGUCCUGCGUCGGCUGUGCCUGCUGCUCGCGUUAAAGCAGUCUUCGACGUCGAACACCAGACCGUGA